GUCGAGGCGACCAACACUCUCGCCCACAAUUCAGUCGUAGGCACCGUGCGGCGGUUGCCAGUGUCCGAGGGCCGUGGGCCCGUCGUAAAGCUGCUCGAUGGGGUCCCUGGCCGGUCUGGUCACGCGCAUCAUAGUUGCAGUGGAUCCUCGUUUGUCGGCAUGGAGAAGGUAUGAUUUGCCAGGGUUGUGAACGAGAUCCGCUUUACUUUGCAGUGGUUUUCCGGCCAACUCCUCCGCUCGAACGGCGAGCUAACGACCUGAGGGGCACAUGCGUUGGCUUGUCGAACGAAGGACUUUCAGUAGAUAUGCGUCGAUGAGAAGGCUAUACUACAAACUUCAUGCAUGGCAAAAUACACUGCGACGUGACUUGACCUGUCCGCACCUGGUGAGCGGCCAUCGCGAGUGCAUGCAUGCCCUGUGGACAUGGGCCGAUGCUGGCCUUCAACUCUUGGCUUGCCAAGGCGACCCUGCAUCGUUGAACGACGUGAUGCGAGACGGUCGCGAUGCAGACACCGCUACUGCAGCCAGUUCGAUGCAAAGCAGCCUUCGGGGAUUCCAUGGCCACAAUCGUUACUACCUGCUCUGCCAUUCAAGCUGAAUGAAGAAGGUCCCUUAUCAGCGAUAAGUGCUGGCCUUUCCAGGGGUUCAGGCUGUUCUGCACAUGCGAGCCAUUACAUGGUCUUCGAUAGAAUAUGCAUUAGGUACACUGCUUAGAACUCGUAGCCAGGCAGAGUGUCC